AACAAGGCAGCAAAGCCAGAAUAGCCAGAGUCCCUUUCAUGUACAUGCGCUUGUGUUUGUUUGAGGGCAUCCCUUUUAGGUCGGUUUUAGAAGUGAAACCAAAGGGAUCACCAGCAUUUUUCGGGAGUUCCCCUAUUUUAACACGCAGCCAUGUGCAGCAAAUCCAAUUGGUGGCAGUCCAAUCUCAUGCAAAUAGCACUGAGGCCAGCGGCAAUCGCCUGCGCCAUGCUCCAACUGGCUACGGAGGAUUUCGAGCUUGACAAUUGGCCUCCAAAUGGCUACGAUGUUUAUGAAGGAACCUCCUCAAAAGUUGUUGGUGGACAUGGUUGUGCGGAACCGCGUGGAUGUUGACUUCAACCAAGCUGCGGCUGCCAUUGUUGGUUGUGUGGGAUCUUGCGGCAAUUCGAGCCCUCCUAAAUUGCCUAAAUGUCGACUGCUCGAGUGCAAAGGGAGCAUGAA